UGAAAUUCAGCUUUGCUUCUUCUCGAUUAUGACGAAACUUCCGGCAAAACAUAAACAUGGAAAGUGCCGAAGACGGAGAGUCGAAAACAACGCAGAUCUUUGCUUGCCUAUUGCUUGUGUUUACUUUUGUCAUAAUUUUAAAAAGGUUUAACUUGGAAGAAAUAUUUCUGCAAAAUUUUGAUGCUGUUCAUCACGUGAAUUCAACAUCUGAAGUAUAUGUACAGGAAGUUUGCAAUCCGUUCCAUGUGACUUUGUCAAAGCAACACAGAACCAGCACAGGGGAAGGACUGAACCUAGAAUUGUCACUCUUAAAGCCAGGAUUUGUGAAGCUCUUUUGGGGAGCAAACAUCGAGGAAUUUUACAAAGAACUUAAACAUCCUUGGGAAGUUCUUAACAGCAGAAUUCAAAAUGAUUUUUUUCUAGAAGACAAUAAAUUAAAAGUCUCAAAUUAUUCAGAAAGAUCCCAAGUGUGUGAAAAGUCUUUAUGGCACACAACAGUGCCAGACAAGAUAAACCAGUACUCUGGAGCCGUCCCCAGGACAGUGUAUCCUGUAGUGGUGGCCUGCACUCGAGAGGAAUAUGUACUAGAUGAUGUACAAAUAGUCAUAAUGUUGUCUGUCCUACACAUCAAAGACCCAGACUUACAUCUGGAUUCCCAAGUUUUGUUCCAAUUUCUUAUCACCAAUGACAAUAAGAUAACCACUCUUCAGCCAUUUUAUGUGUCAACAGAAACCUCGAGCAGAAACAAUGAAAGGAGACAGUACUACAGUGAUUCUCCAUUCCAGCAGUUAAACAGUGGAAUUCUUUCUAGUGACAUCAUCAAUACCACUGAUAACCAUGGUAACACCCAGGAAACACUCAAUGACCAUGAAGACGUAGACAGUUGUUGCGUGUGUCAGGAUGCAGAAAUGACAAUUGUUCUUCUACCCUGCAGACACGGAUGUGUGUGUAGCGGGUGUGUUGCUAAAUUGGACAAGUGCCCUGUCUGUAGAGAUGUGUUUACUUCUUAUUUCAGACUUAAGAACUUUAGUCAACAGAUGUCUCAACCAUUAGGAGAGCAGAAUUUAGGACAACCCUCUGGUCCACAUGUAAUAGCAAACAAUUGGUGGGAGAGAUUUAACGAGAGACUGAACAGUUAUUUUGGAUUUACCUAAUUUGUAAAUAGAUUGAUUAAAAAAUAUUGUCUUUUA